CCUGUCUAGACCAUGAGUGACAGCUUUUUCUUUUUCAGCUACAUGGGAACAUCUUAGUGAAAGAACAUCAUGGUUGGAGUUAUGACAUACGUGCUGUCUGCAUUAUCGCUUGUUUUCCAUUUGUUUCUGCUGCUGCCAUUAUCAUCUGCAAACAUCAUUAAAAAUGGAACCAUAGGAUUUUCCUGGCUCUGGCAAUGCCAAUGCACCUUCAGCAAACCAUUCCAGCCUGAGGAAAGCCUCAUAUACUGGCAAAGCAAAGCUUUGAUCGUUGCACAUGUUUACGCAAAAGGAAAAGAAGAGUUUAAAUACCAACACCAGUUAUUUAAAAACAGGACUAAAAUCUUCCCUGAUCAGUUAUCCUCUGGGAACUUCUCACUGGUCAUUGAGUCACUGAUGCUGAAAGAUGACAAAACCGCCUUUGAAGUUAUUUUUAUAAAUUCAACAUCAGAUCAACCUGAGAAGCUCUGUCAGGUGACACUGCAUGUAUCAGCUCCUUUCCAUGAACCUAAAAUUGAGAUAAACCAAGAUGAGAAGAUUGCAACCUGCAGCACGAAAGGAGGUUACCCUAAACCUGAGGUCACAUGGAGGUCCGGGGACCUUCUGGAGGGACAUGAACGUACACUGGAACUACAUGAAACCACCAUUACCAAUGAGACAGAUGACACCUACAGCAUCAGGAGCACAGUCAACAUCACAGGGUUACUAAAAGUGACCUGCACGGUUUAUAACCCCACUUCACACCAGACUCUGAGUGCAACUACAGACAUGACACCUUCUCCACCUACUCCAGUAUUUGCUGUUGUCUGCUUUUCUCUCUCGGUGGCCGCGGCACUGAUUAUUCUUUACUGCAUCAACAGAAGAUGCAACCAGACAAAUGGAAAAGUCUCGGAAAACUCACCCCCCUCUCCGGAAGAUCCUACUGAUUCCAACAUGUCUGGAGGAAAUGUUCAUGAGGGCAGUGUUUCACAAACAGGGACUCGAGCUGUGAUUUUCCGCUCCACAAGGAAGAGUGAUGGUUCUGUAGACAGUGAGACCAACAACCUCUCCACUGCUGAUACUGAUGCAGAACAAGAAAAACAAGAACAAAGUGUCAGCGUAAAAAUUUUAGAUGAAACAAACACCCCAGAAAGCGACAAAGACAAAUAAAUGUCAGCAGAAUGAAUCCAAACUUGGAUCAAAAGGCAAAUUUUUAGAUCAUUGAAUAAUUUUAUUUCUUUUAUUGUAAAGAGCCUCUGAUGAAAAUCCAGUGUUUAACCUUGUUAAAAUCCAUAUGAUGUGUUUAUAUAAUACAGACAUAUGAUGAGAGAAAAGUUCAUCAACACCAUGACUGAGUGUUUCCACCUCGAACUGCAGUGAACCAAUGACAGUCUCAUAAAAACAGAUUCAGACAGCCAGGGUUUCAUACGUCACAAACCUCAGGAACCAAUCCUGUCAACUUGUGGGGACAGGGGGCGGGGCUAAACAAACCUGAAUCAGCAUUAGCACAACUGCUAACACUGUGUCAGUCACUGCCAGUUACAAGCUAACAAACAACAUAAACAAAUAAAAGAUGCUAACUACGCUAACUGUUCUGAUACAUCAGACUCCUCAAAAACUCUUCAGUCUGGGUCUCAACCCAGUGAAAGCAGUGGUGGGCUGCAUGACUCCUGACCCAGAUUUCUCAAUGAGGAAGUAAGAGUAGAUGAACUUCCAUUUUGUAGAAAACCACAUUAGAUCAUAGCAGAGUAUUUUAUAUCAUUUAAAACAUGUCUGAAAAAGAACUUAAUGGUUCCAGCUCCUCACCAGGGAUCCCUGGCAGAGCUCCGCCCCCUUCCAAGGUAGAAAAGGUAGAGAUCAAAACUCCAGCAACACAGAACAACUGUAUUGUAAGAACAAUGUGUUUCAGUGUUUGUGGCAACAAGCCAAAAUCUUCCACUCACACAAGGAAGUUGUUCUGUGUCCUACAACAGGGAAUCCAUGGUUCUUUAAAAGAUCUUUAAUCCACUAGUCUAGAAAAAGGCCUUCGUUUAUUGCCAGUCAUUCAUUAAGGUUUUAAGGUUUUUUUUACAUUGAGUUGUAAAAUCUGAGUUGCUUGUUUUGUUGUGUAGUCAACUGUAACAGAACUAUAUGGGAAAGUAAAAUUAUUAUUUCAGCAGGUUGAAUUCAGCACGUGCAGGAAAGUAAUAUAUGCUUCUUCUACUACUACUCAGUGACAGGUGUGACGUGCAGAUGACAUCCAAAACUUCCACAGGUAAACCAGCUUUGACUUUCAGAGCCAAGCCACAAUAGAAGAAGAGGCAGAAUCCCUUAAAGAGACCACACACACACACACACACACACACACACACACACACACACACACACAUACACACACACACAACACACACACACACACACACACACACACACACACACACACACACACACUUCUCAUUGUGUUUGUACAAACUUCCACUGUAUCCCCACUAAAGACAUUUUCUCAUUGUGUUGAUACUCUUCUCAUAUUUGACUCUGACUCUGGGCAAAAACAAAGUUUAAUGCAAAAACAAAAUGAAAAUGUUUUUUUUCAACAUUGUUUUCCUUAUUUGUUAAAACAUAACAAGAUGGCAGUCAUACUGAGCUGUACUUCACUAUAUAUCCUCAGAAAGACAAAAGGACAGAUCAAGGCUCCAUCAAGAGGGUUUUUUUUAAUUUAAAUGAUUUUACUGUCCCAUGGAAUUAAAUUAUUACAAUCUGAGUGUCUGUACAUAAUGUUUCAAUUUAACAUCAACUUUUGGCAAAAUUGUCUGAGGCUAAAUGCCGCAGGAGUUUUGAUGUAAAGAGGAAUUAGGAGUUUUGAUCUGAAACCUAAAGCCAAACUAAUGCUUGAUUCUGUGCUGACUGACAAGACUUGGAAUAAAGUUUAUUUCCUUU